CAAAUCUGGUUUAAUUUUGGUAGGCACUCCACACUUCAAAAUAAAAAUGUGGCCACCAAUCAAACAAUUGACAAAUGGAGACCUUAAAAUCCAAGCAAAGCAAGGAAUUAGCCAUCAAAUUUUGAACUUAAUCUACACUCUUCUUCCUCAACCUCCCCUAAUUGAUAUUCCCCCAUUUUUAUAAAGUUCCCUUAUAUUCUAUGCCAUUUCUUCACUUUAACUAAUAUAUACUCCACCUUUUUUUUAUUUAUUACUUUCCCAAUCCUCUGUUUUUAUUCUUAUUUCUUUUUUCUCUCAUCACAUGAUCUUAUGUCCUCCAAACCUAAAGAUCUAUCACAAAAUGGGAACCAAAAAAUUAAUGUUAAUUCUCAUAUUAACAUCAAUCUUAUUUUCAAUCAUUUACAUCUCAAGAAAACUAACAAAACCCACAUUAAUUUCUACUUAUAAUUCAUUCAAAUUCGUUAAAUCCCCAAAUUCCACCAGAAAUUACCCAGUAACAUUUGCUUAUUUGAUCUCAGCAUCAGCAGGUGAUGUUCCCAAAUUGAAGAGGACAUUACUUGCAGUUUACCAUCCUGGGAAUUACUACUUGAUCCAUUUAGAUUAUGGAGCUCCGAAAUCACAGCACAUGGAAAUUGCAGAAUUUGUGUCAAAAAUGGAAGUGUUUAGGGAAGUGGGAAAUGUUUGGAUAGUGGGAAAACCAAAUAUAGUAACUUAUAGAGGUCCCACAAUGCUUGCUGCUACUUUACAUGCUAUGGCUGUUCUUCUCAAAACUUGUGAUUGGGAUUGGUUUAUCAAUCUUAGUGCUUCUGAUUAUCCUUUGAUUACUCAAGAUGAUUUAAUCCAUGCGUUUUCAGACGUACCUAAACAUCUCAAUUUUAUACAGCAUACCAGUCAUCUUGGUUGGAAAUUGAAUAAGAGGGGAAAACCAAUAAUAAUAGACCCAGGACUGUACAGUAUAAAUAAAUCAGAGAUCUGGUGGAUUAUUAAACAAAGAGGUCUUCCUACAUCUUUCAAGUUGUUUACAGGAUCUGCUUGGACGGUACUAUCAAGAUCAUUUUCCGAGUAUUGCAUUAUGGGAUGGGAAAAUCUUCCAAGAACACUACUUUUAUACUACACCAAUUUCGUUUCCUCCCCAGAAGGAUACUUCCAAACACUCAUAUGCAACUCUCCGGAGUACAAGAACACUACUAUUAAUCAUGAUUUACACUACAUUACUUGGGAUAAUCCUCCUAGGCAGCACCCGCGAUCUCUUACCCUUAAGGACUACCGAAAAAUGGUUCUUAGUAAUCGACCUUUUGCUAGGAAGUUCAAGAAAAAUGAUCGCGUUCUUGACAAAAUUGAUCGAGAACUUCUCAACAAGAGUAAAUGGCGGGGUAAAUUUAGCCAUGGUGGGUGGUGUGGCGGAACCAAAGGCAGGCGAGGCAGUUGCUUCGAGUUGAAACCUGAGAUGUAUGGUGAGCUUAGCCCUGGUGUGGGUGCUAGAAGAGUUAAAACUUUGUUAACCAAAUUAAUUUCUGCUAGGAACUCUAAUAAUAAUCGUUGGUGUAGAUGAACCAACUAACAAUACUAUUUGUUUUGUGAUUAUUUAGUUGGUGCUUGAGUAUCUUGCCAA